CUUCUCAAGAAUUGAUCUGAACCUCUAAAGCCCUAAUAGAGAUCUUAGAGAUGUCAUGGGGAUUGGGAUGGAAGCGUCCUUCUGAGAUUUUCCAUCUCACCCUCAUCUAUGGCAACGUCGAUGAUGUCGAUCUUGAGGAUCCCAUCGAUUCUCCUACUACUACGCCUUCCACUCCUUCUACCCCUUCUACACAAGAACAAGAAUUGGGGUUUCGGAUUGAACUUGAGUGGAAUGCUGGUGAUGACGAAGAUCAGGUCGCUCUCAGGCUUCAAUCUCAGCUCAUGGUUGCAAUUCCGCCUCCGCAAGAAUCUGUUGUGCUUAAGCUUAGUCCCCAGGAUGAGAAUGUGGAUGUCGAUAUGACGGUCGUGAAGCAGAGAGAGCCUCUCCGAGUGAUUAAACUGUUGAAGCCUUUAGGAUCGCACAGCGAUGGGAUCGGUGUUCUUACGCGGCUCAUACGAUCCAGUCUAGCGUCUUCUUCUGGAAUUUCCGAUGGCUAUGCAGACCACUGGAACAGCGUCACCGUGCUGAGCCUCUGUGGAUGCGGUUUGACGGUACUCCCAGUAGGGUUAACUCGGUUACCACUUCUUGAGAAGCUAUAUCUUGAUAAUAAUAAGCUAUCACUUCUGCCACCAGAGCUUGGUGAAUUGAAAAUUUUGAAAGUUCUCAGAGUUGACUACAACAUGCUGGUUUCAGUGCCCGCAGUAGAGCUUAGACAGUGUGUUGGACUGGUGGAGUUGUCACUGGAGCACAACAAAUUGGUCCGGCCCCUUCUUGAUUUCAGGGCUAUGGCUGAGCUACGUGUUCUUAGGCUAUUUGGAAAUCCUCUUGAAUUCCUCCCGGAAAUUUUGCCCUUGCAUAAGCUCCGCCACUUGUCACUUGCAAAUAUCAGGAUUGAGGCCGAUGAGAACUUAAAAUCUGUGAAUGUGCAAAUAGAGACAGAGAACAGUUCCUACUUCAUUGCGUCUAGGCACAAACUGAGUGCUUUCUUCUCUCUUAUAUUCCGAUUUUCCUCUUGUCAUCACCCUUUACUAGCAUCUGCGCUGGCCAAAAUCAUGCAAGACCAUGGAAACCGUAUAGUUGUCGGUAAAGAUGAGAAUGCAGUCAGGCAGCUUAUAAGUAUGAUAAGCAGUGAUAAUCGCCAUGUGGUUGAACAAGCUUGUUCUGCUCUUUCAUCUCUUGCUGCGGACGUUUCUGUAGCUAUGCAGCUGAUGAAGUCUGACAUAAUGCAACCUGUUGAAACAGUAUUGAGAUCUACGGCCCCUGAAGAAGUUAUUUCUGUUUUGCAAGUUGUGGUCAACUUAGCCUUUGCCUCUGAUAGUGUAGCUCAGAAGAUUUUGACCAAGGAUGUAUUAAAAUCACUGAAAGUACUAUGUGCUCAUAAAAACCCAGAGGUGCAAAGAUUAGCUUUAUUGGCUGUUGGUAAUUUAGCUUUCUGUCUGGAGAAUCGGCGGACUCUUGUUACUUCUGAAAGUUUGCGGGAACUUCUCGUACGAUUGACAGUUGCUUCUGCGCCACGUGUGCAUAAAGCUGCGGCUCGGGCUUUGGCAAUUCUUGGAGAGAAUGAGAUACUGCGGAGAGCAAUAAGAGGAAGGCCAGUUGCAAAGCAAGGACUGCGUAUACUAACAAUGGAUGGGGGUGGCAUGAAAGGUCUGGCGACAGUGCAGAUGCUUAAACAAAUUGAACAAGGGACGGGAAAGCGUAUACAUGAAUUGUUUGACCUAAUCUGUGGCACAUCCACGGGUGGUAUGCUUGCUGUUGCUCUUGGAAUCAAAUUAAUGACCUUGGAUCAGUGUGAAGAAAUUUACAAGGAACUUGGCAAACUUGUGUUCACUGAUCCUGUCCCGAAGGACAAUGAAGCUGCAACUUGGAGAGAAAAGCUGGAUCAACUUUACAAAAGUUCAUCACAGAGCUUUAGGGUUGUUGUUCAUGGAUCUAAACACAGUGCAGAUCAGUUUGAGAAGUUGUUAAGGGAGAUGUGUGCUGAUGAGGAUGGAGACCUUUUGAUUGAGUCGGCUGCGAAAAGCAUCCCCAAAGUUUUUGUGGUAUCAACUUUGGUCAGCGUGGUGCCAGCUCAGCCAUUCAUAUUCCGCAAUUAUCAGUAUCCUAUUGGAACACUAGAAAUGCCUUUGGGAACGGGAGAGAGUCCAGCUCUUACUGGGCUUGGAACAGUGGCUACUGGCACUCAAACUGGCUUUAAGCGCAGUGCUUUUAUAGGAAGUUGCAAGCAUCAUAUUUGGCAGGCUAUAAGAGCAUCAUCUGCUGCUCCAUAUUAUCUUGAUGAUUUUUCUGAUGAUGUGAACCGCUGGCAAGAUGGUGCAAUAGUAGCGAAUAAUCCCACUGCUUUUGCCAUAAGAGAAGCACAACUUCUAUGGCCUGAUGCCAAAAUUGACUGUUUAGUUUCCAUUGGAUGUGGUUCUGUUCCAACCAAGGCCCGAAAAGGUGGGUGGCGUUAUCUGGACACUGGGCAAGUAUUGAUUGAGAGUGCGUGUUCAGUGGAUCGAGUCGAGGAAGAACUAAACACAUUGCUACCCAUGCUUCCUGAAAUUCAAUAUUUCCGGUUUAACCCAGUUGAUGAGCGGUGUGGUAUGGAGCUGGAUGAAACUGAUCCUGCAAUUUGGCUGAAGUUGGAAGCUGCUACAGAGGAAUUCAUGCAAAACAAUUAUCAGGCUUUUAAGAAUGUAUGUGAAAGACUACUUCUACCAUUCCAAAAUGAGGAAAAGUGGUCAGAAACGUUGAAACCUCUGAAUUUUGAUAAAGCAAAAACUUCAAAUACAGUUACAGAUGAGAAUAGCCCUUCAUUAGGUUGGAGGCGUAUGGUACUUCUUGUAGAAGCCUCUCAUAGUCCUGAUUCAGGGAGAAUUGUUCACCAUGCUCGGUCUCUUGAGACCUUCUGUGCCCGUAAUGGAAUAAGAUUAUCGAUUGUGAAUAGGAUAGGGGGAUUUUCAAAGGCAGUGCCUGCAACAACAUUUCCAACACCAUUUACAUCGCCUAUGUUCACUGGAAGCUUUCCUUCAAGCCCACUUCCAUUCAGUCCUGAUAUUGAUCUGCAGAGGAUUAGCCGAAUAGAUUUAGUCCCACCACUAAGCUUGGAUGGAUUUCAAUCUGGGAAGGCACCUGGUUCACCCCCAAAAUCUCCUUCGGGAACCUGGCAACUUAGCUUACCUGCUCGAUCAUUGCAUGAGAAGCUACAAAAUUUGCCCCAGGUGGGCAUUAUACAUUUGGCUCUUCAAAAUGAUUCAGUUGGUUCAAUACUAAGUUGGCAGAAUGAUGUAUUUGUGGUUGCUGAACCUGGGGAACUUGCAGAUAGAUUUGUACAGAGUGUUAAAUUUAGUCUGGUGUCAACAAUGCGUGAUCGCAGCAGAAAGGAUGCAUCAGCACUAGCAAAUGUUUCUACUGUGGCUGAUUUGGUUGCAUACAGGCCAUACUUCCAAGUUGGAGGUAUUGUCCAUCGGUAUAUUGGGCGUCAAACACAAGUUAUGGAAGAUGACCAGGAAAUUGGGGCAUACAUGUUUCGCCGGACAGUGCCUUCUAUGCACCUAACACCAGAAGAUGUUCGUUGGAUGGUUGGAGCAUGGAGGGACAGGAUCAUUAUAUGUACUGGAACAUAUGGGCCUACACCCAGUUUAGUGAAAGCCUUUCUGAACUCUGGUGCCAAAGCUGUUAUUUCGCCAUCAACGUUACCACCAGAAACACCCUUGACACCAUUUCAUGGGUCAGGUGAGUUCAAUAUACCAGAGAAUGGGAAGUUUGAAAUUGGAGAGGAGGGAGACGAUGAAGAGGUGGAACCUCCAAGUCCAGUGAGUGACUGGGAUGACAGCGAACCAGAAAAAAGCUAUGGGCAUUCAACAGCUUGGGUGGACAAUGAAGAAGAGGAAUUGUCAAGGUUUGUUUGUCAAUUAUAUGAUGCAUUAUUCCGGGAAGGUGCUACAAUAGAUAUGGCCCUUAAACAGGCUCAUGGUUCGCAUUCAAAACUGAGAUAUUCAUGUCAUCUUCCCAAAACACCAUAGAUUGUACAGUAUGUAAGCAUACAUAAAAGAAAAUAAAAGCAUUCAUAUAUAAUAAUCAAAUAAUUGAGAAAAUAAGAGAAAAAAAAUGCAAUUUUGAGGCUGGCAAAAUUUUGUGUGUUGUAAUAUUUUCUGUUACAGUAUGCUAGUUUAUUUCAUUAUAAUUCGUAGCAA